CAGUCUGAUGGCGUCAUAUUCAAAACAAGUUUGCUAUUUUUUAAUGUCGUUUUUAUCAAAGAAGGCAGAUGUGUUUGUAAUUUACAGUGGUAUUCCUGUAGAGAGCGGUAGAUCGUUUUCUAAAAAAUGGUUUUAUGCUCGCCCCAUACUGUAUACAUAAGCGGAGGGAAGAGAAAUCCUAGCAGUUCUCUUGAUUCAAUUUCACAGUCGAAACGAUACUGGAGCACUUUUUUUUGCACACACCUAAAGGCAAAUCCCAAAUAACGAGCACCUAGCGACUUUGUUUAAGUGCAAUAGAGGAACUGUACGAGACAGUUUGCCCGUACGCGGUGCGUUGCGGAGGGAUUUAGAUAGGAAAAACCCAGUGUUGUGCAGUUGCAUUCCCUACCACUUCACUUGCGCUGGAUACCGGGAGGCUUUGACUUUUUUUCAUCCCAGCUUCUGUCUCAAAACAACCGUAUUCUCGUCUAAAUCAGCGGAAGAACCUGACGGGGCGGAAGCCAUCAUCCCACAGAACAUACUAAAGGCCUGGGGAAGUCAUUAACCACCACACACAACAAGACAUUGAUCUUGUCCGGUCCAGUCAAUUCGUCAGUCCCAGGGCCAGCACAGGGGGGUCGCUCCGGAGGCCAGAGCCCAUCCGGACCGGGACCCUGUGCUGUCGCACUGACUGACCCCCCUAUCUGCGAAUGACCAGCAAGCAUCUGAGGGUGGGGCCCGCCUCAGUCUCGCAUGAUUGGCUGCUGGAUGGAAUUAAGGUGAAUGGAACACAUGCCCAAGGAGCAGGACCCUAACCUAUCAGAGGGAGAAGAGAAACUGUGGAUCGAUGGCCCGAAAAGGAAAAGAAAGAACAGUUCAUGUUCGGUGAAGAGCAUGUCUGGGUACAUCCCCAGCUACCUGGAGAAGGAUGAACCGUGCGUGGUGUGUGGAGACAAGGCCACUGGCUACCACUACCGCUGCAUCACCUGUGAGGGCUGCAAGGGUUUCUUUCGGCGGACAAUUCAGAAGAACCUCCACCCCGCCUACUCCUGUAAGUACGAUGGCUGCUGCAUCAUCGACAAGAUCACCCGCAACCAGUGCCAGCUGUGCCGCUUCAAGAAGUGCAUCGCAGUGGGCAUGGCCAUGGACCUCGUUCUGGACGACUCUAAGCGGGUGGCCAAGCGGCGUCUGAUCGAGGAGAACCGGGUGAAGAGGAAGGAGGAGAUGGUGAAGACUCUGCAGAACCGGCCGGAGCCCACCGGCUCAGAGUGGGAGCUGAUCCGCAUGCUGACCGAGGCCCACCGCCACACCAAUGCACAGGGCUCCCACUGGAAACAGAAACGCAAGUUCCUGCCGGAGGACAUAGGUCAGUCUCCCGUGGUCCCCACGUCGGACGGAGACAAGGUGGAUCUGGAGGCCUUCAGUGAGUUCACCAAGAUUAUCACCCCUGCCAUCACCCGCGUCGUCGACUUUGCCAAAAAACUUCCCAUGUUCUCGGGGCUGCCUUGUGAGGACCAGAUCAUCCUAUUAAAAGGCUGCUGUAUGGAGAUCAUGUCGCUGCGAGCCGCCGUGCGUUACGACGCAGAGAGCGAGACGCUGACCCUGAGUGGCGAGAUGGCGGUCAAGCGGGAGCAGCUGAAGAACGGGGGCUUGGGCGUGGUGUCGGAUGCCAUCUUCGACCUGGGCAAGAGCCUGGCACAGUUCAAUCUGGACGACACGGAGGUGGCGCUGCUGCAGGCUGUGCUGCUCAUGAGCUCAGACCGCUCGGGCCUCACGAGCAGUGACAAGAUCGAGAAGUGCCAGGAGACCUACCUGCUGGCGUUUGAACACUACAUCAACUACCGCAAACACAACAUUCCCCACUUCUGGCCCAAGCUGCUGAUGAAGGUGACGGACCUGCGUAUGAUUGGGGCGUGUCACGCCAGCCGCUUCCUCCACAUGAAGGUGGAGUGCCCAACUGAACUUUUCCCCCCGCUCUUCCUGGAGGUCUUCGAGGACCAGGAAGUGUGAGUGGCGCUGCCCGCUGCCGAAUAGUAGUGGGGCAACUUGGGAAAGGAAUGGUCGUUUUUCUGGAGCGGGGAAGGGUUUAGGCAGGACUUGUGUUUCGCCGACAUUUACGUGGUAAAUAACAGGCAACAACCACACACCAGCAGCAGGAGUCAAACAAACAAUGAUUUUUGCUUUUAACCAACCACCUCUUCAUACCUGUUUUGGGGAAUCAGUUUGGCGGCCCUCCCUGUCUGAGCAGUCUUAUCCAGUGGGAGUUGCAUCCCCAUCCCACGCACACACACACACACACACACACACACACACACACACACACACACACACACACACACACACACACACACACACACACACACACACACACACACACACACACACACACACACUCUGGGUCCCUUCCCAGGGCCAUAUUGGAGGCACCUCAGUUGUCACUCUGUGCCACUAGAUGGUGGUCUUCACAGCUUUGCACCUGUUUGAAAUGAUGGCAACCAUGUUUUAAACUGGUCCGCUAAUUUCAGUCUCAGAAUUAGUGUAAAACAAGAAUUCAGGAGACGCUGUCACACACAAACAGAGGUCCUGAGCGUGUGCCGUAUAGCGCCUACCAUAGAGCAAAGCUACCAGUACCUACUAUCACCUCCCAACGCAACUGAGCCAUGAGCGUGAUCAUGUUUGAAACAAGUCAGGUGCUAUAUUUAUAAGUCUCCUUUAAUUGUCUGAAAUGUGUAAAACUACAGACCGUGGCUCCGUAUCUACCUUCAGUUCUGUCAUUAGGCCGGUUCCUGUGACUGAUACACACACACACACACACACACACACACACACACACACACACACACACACACACACACACACACACACACACACACACACACACACACACACACACACACGGCAGACGUGCCUUGUCAUUGCCCGUGCUGCUGGUGCCAGCAGUAGACCCUCUUAUGAAUGACAAUUGAGCCCUUCUCUCUCCAAUGAAAGUUAUCGCAGCGAAGGAAAGAGGGGAAGAUGGAAGGGGGCCCACUGACGGGAGUUUUCUCAGAGGAGUAAGAGUGAAAGAAGAGGGGAGGAAUAGGGAGAGAGAGAGAGAGUUAAAUUGCUGGCAAGUAGAUUCAGUGGCUGGAGACUGAACAGCAUCCAUACAGACUCCCACACCCUGUCUGAAUAGCAGUGAACAAGGCAGGCAACUCAUGUCUCACACACACACCUCAGAAACUCAAAUGCCAUGUUUACUGUACACAUUGCAGUGAUGUAGCCCUGACCUGCAGGGUAAGUUAGUCCGAGUCUGCGCAUGUGUGACUCAGCUCAGUAUGGCCCCUCCAAGCUUCCAUACUCAGUUGUUAGUGUAGCAGUCACUGAGAAAGGGCAAGGUCAAUGACGUCUGCCAUUUACCUCAAAGUGGGCACACCUUCAAGGCUGGGGCGCCACCAUUGCUCCUGUGCCGACAGGCUCUACCUCACCUCUGGACACAGGACAGCAGCCCCCAGCCUCCUCACACACACACACACACACACACACACACACACACACACACACACACACACACACACACACACACACACACACACACACACACACACACACACACACACACACACACACACACUCUCUUAAGGAUACUCAACAAACACACAUAGGUGCAUGUGCAUGGGUGGAAACUCAUAAGCACACAUACAUUAAGACAAAUCCCUCAAACACACAAUCUCAGUACUACCACUCAGUUGUAAUGAAAUACCACUGAAGACAGGAGGGCCUGCCCUUCCCUAUGGGGACCUCAUUGGUUUCACUGACUUCUCUCCUCUUUUUCGGGGGAACGUAGCCAUUACGUCCGGCUUUUCUCUUUUUUGUUAUGCGGGACCACGUGUCACUUUUCGAAUUUGGAGCCCCUCUUUUUUUUUCUUUCAGUUGAAACCGAAGCCAAUAAAUCACACGACGGAGGAAAUUGCAUGUACAGUCCGGCUGUCGCCCUGGAAGAGGAUUGGCUGGAGGAGCGAUACACCGCGAGCAAGCGGAGAACCCCAAGGUUACCAGGCCGUAAGACGGGCAGGUUUAGCACUGUUGAGGGGGAAAAAAAGGUUGAAAGAGACAACCAAUUUUCAUUGAACGCUAAGCAGCAGUUUGUGAACGACUGAACGAGGCGGCGGGAGGGAUGAAUGGAUGGAUGCGUUUCAGUAUUCCGGGAGCAUGUGGAGGAACGCGUGAGGACACGGAGCCGAGCGGUGAGUGGGAUCAGGAUGGCGGGUACUCAUAGCAGACGGCCAAGCCUAACUGCAGCAACCUCAACCGCCGUAGGUGGAAUCAACCCAAAAUCGACUGUUACCAGACUUCAGAGCACUCUAGUGGAGCAGCCAGAGCCCCCUCACACUACUGCAGUAGUCCCAACCCCUCCCCCCACCCUCAUCAGCAACUAUACAACCCCUAAUCCUCAAACCUAGCCCCAAGUCAUCUGUCAGGCAUGCCCCCUCCUCUGAGAGUCCUGGCCUACUCUGUAUAACAUAGGCCACUGGGACAGGGCUCCCAACCAACCCUGUCACAUUUUCAGUAUUAAACCAACAGCCCUCCUCCCCAACCCUCAUCCACUCUGGGCUGGAGACGUCCCUGGGUGAGGGAGGGAUGGUCCGAGGUCUGUUUGUCACUCAUACACUCUCCUCUCAGCAUUGGUCUCCAAGUCUACCCAGAUCCAGCCCCCCCAUACAUACUCCUUCCCCUGCCCAACCACCCAUUCACCCAACUCAAUGUAGGAGGCCAACGGUAGGUCUGAAAAAUGUACACCAAACUGAAUCCAUGCCUCUCCCUUGUGAGACAAGGCUGGCCAUAACCGCUCACUUAGAGCGGCGUUACCGAAUGAAUGUGAACGGCAAAGCAGCAAUGGGAGCGAGGUGAACGAGAGAGCGUAAGGGAGCGGGACAGAAAGAAGCUGGGGGGCAUCAGCCCUUCCUUCCGUCCUUCAUAUGGCGUGGGUUCGAGGGGGGGAUUGUCACCCAUUGUCAAAGCACCGUUAUGAACCCCUUAACUCCCUCAUUGAGACAUGAGUCCCCACCUUCAGCUCUCCAUAAAGGAGAGCCACCAACUUUCACAUGGAGACGAUCGGCAACAGAAACAGAACCGCCAUUCAAUGGAAGCUGGUAUGAAACUCCAAGCUUCUUUGACAAAGAACCAGUGUAAAUGACAGGAAAAAAAGGUCCAUAGUUCUUGUGAGCCUAUUGGGUGUGUGUGUGUGUGUGUGAAAUGGUUGGUUGAAAUGCUGCUUUUACCUUCUGAGUUGAAUUUUUAUUGAGAAAGAAAUAUAUGAUGAUAAUGAUUAUGAACCCAGAAAAGUGAAAUGAGAAAAAUAGGACUUUAAAAAAAAAGACUCCUGAACAAAAGUUAAACGCUUGGAGAUCUUUUUUCCUUCAUUUUAUCUCAACGUUUUUUUUUUUGGUGAUGUUUCUGUAUUUUUUUUACGCUUAAACUGCUUUGCGUAAAAGAGAAAAAAAGAACAGCCGUAGUCACUUUUUGACCAUGCGUGCAGCGUAACAUAGACAUUUCACAUCACCUAUAGUUUGUGUUGAUAAGCCAACUGUUCUGUUGUCUGUGUAUCUGUCUGAUUGUCCGUCCCUUUUUUCAGGAGGAAUUUACAUCAAACAAAAAACAGGAAUAUUUUUUUUAUUUUAUAUAUGUGUAUGUAUGUAUGUUGUUUCCUUUUUUAUGAAAGAAGACUUUGAAAAAAAAUCACAAACAGGAAAAAUAAUGCAACCGAAACUGAAACACAAUCUUCUCAUACCUCGCACAACACAAAACUCAAAAGGAACUUGGGAGGAGUGAUGAUUCACAGGCACAUGUGGAAGUGCGUAAAUACAUUCAAAAAAUAACAUUGAGGUAUAUAUGUGCUUGUGGCAUGUACGCAUCUGCAGCAAUUACAAAAAGACUCACCCACAAGCCUUGGCGCUCGCUACCUAUUAAAUUGGUUCUGGGAGGAUUGUGGACACAACAUAAAGUAAAGUCUCGCAUCAUCAACAGGUGCUGAAAUGGAUUGCUGGCAGUUGGCCCCUCCCAGGUGUAUCCACGACCAUAGAUAGUGACGUCAAAUGUGAAUGGCCCAGAGCUUGGGGGGGUCUUUUGUAAUGGCUGAGUGCUAUAUGGUAUUGAAUGUAGCUGAUAGGACGGGGCUGGAUCUGAGCCCGGUACCCACAACCUCACUUCCGCUCACCAGCAGAAUGGACAGUGGUGUCACAUAAACGUUACACGCAAACAAACUGAGAAUAUUGCCCAUCUGCAAGGUGCAAUAUAUACAGUAUGUUUUUUUGUAAAUACUUUUGUUUUUUUUAUAAUUUUUUUGUUUGUUUUAAUUUGGCCACAACCAAGGAUGUAAAUACAAAAAAAUAUGAAAUAUGAAAAACCAGUAUAUGUAAAAACAUAUGCAACACUCACAAACUGGAUGUUGAGGCUUGAGCACCAACUUUGCCGGCACCUGCGUCCCACCAUCUUGUAAAAUAAGCGGGGGGGGAAUGCAAUGUAUAUUAACGCUUCAUACUGUACAUCUGUGUGCUUGUGUGUGCACUCUCACACGCGCUUGUCGAUCCGUAUUCAGAAGUGACCCCGUGACGUUAAGCAUCCCUGUGCCUCCUAUUCUUUGCAAAGAGAUAGCUAGCCAUCCCUACAUUAUGUCCUGGCCACAGCUCAAAGCGCUAUACAGUCAAGGCUAUACACUGUGUGUCCACCAACUGACUGGUCUCUCCAGGUUAACGACGGGAGUGGGUAGCAGCCACAGUAGACAGAGGAUGUGAAGGUGUAGUGGAUAUUGCCGUUUAGAAGGGGAGGGGGGAUUACAAGACUUCGCUAAAAGAGAAAUCAGUCAAUAUUCUCAAUAUAAAAGCUACGCGUAAACCACAGCUUGCCUGGCUACAUGUUAAUUUGGGAUAGCCCAUUUCAUGGAAUCCCCCAACUACCCUGUCCUUUCAUCAGCAGUCUUAGCAUGGUUCAGUCCAACAGGCUGAAACAUGGGGAGAGGGAGGAGAUUGUCUGUGAUGUUUCGGUUUUUUUGGGGGGGGCUGCGUUUGCUCCACAUAUAUGUCAAAUGUAGAGUUUUGUGAAAACAAAAAAAGAAACGCAAGUAGCAAGAUGCCUAUGCAAAUCCCUUACAACCACUCCAAAAGCGUGCUCCCUUUACUGGUGAGACAGACUGGCAGUCAUGUUUAAAUUAAAGCAGUUUCAACCUUGUCCGGAUUCCCCUGACCCAACUCAACUGCAUGAAUCCCACUGGUCUUGAUUUGAUCUGGGUACAAAGGCCCUUGCUACUCUGUGCGGGCUGAGGGUCAGGGCUGUCAAAUGAGUGGGGCCCAGGGUUGACGGGAUACUCAAAGGCUCUGUCUCCAACCAUGACCCAGCUCACCGGCUGGUCCCUGGGGUCCAACAAGUCCACUUGUUGAAAUGACAAAAGGCCAAGUGUUGGAAGGGCACUGUCAUAGAAAAGUUGUGCUGUUGUUAACUGCUCCAGAAUCAGUGUGUGUGUGUGUGUGUGUGUGUGAUAUGUGUCUAUCUGUGUUACAGUAUUUGUCUACAUGAUACAACGCUCUCAUGGUUCAGCAGAUCGAUUCGGUGCUACCUAACAAGGCCCAAGCAGCCUCAGACGACUCCCUACAUUUUUGUAUCGUUCUUUUAGAAAGAUGAGUGAAAAAAAAGAAAAACCGCUGGCAUAGAUGAGCUUUAAAAUAUUUAAUCUAGCGGCCAAAGGAACGUCAUUGAAGACGUCAUGGCGCUCAGUGGGCGACGUACGAUUGGCGAGAUGCGAGUCACUUGUGCAAUGGCCGGAUGAUCUCUCACCUCUCCUCAUGGAGGUCAAAAGCCAGACCACUCAGAGGCACGAGCGAAUGCACUGAUGCACAAUCAUUGAACAAACCAAGUCGCCACACAUAAACAGGACAGCUUUAACCCACUGUACACUGACAUAGCAGCAUAUACGUAGUUGAGACGCACUUUCAGUAGCCUCGAUUCUCGAGUCUUUCCGGAGAAUAUAAUAAUAUAAAAGCAGUUAAUGAUUGUGUCAGCGUAAAUAGUUUAAAUAUACUGAUUGGACCCGAUAAUGACCAAAUAGCGCUUGCAACAUUUCAACUAUUACUUAGAAUUAGUUGAACCGUUAUAUUAGUGUCGCUGUAGCCUCAGCAGUUGACAACAUUCUUUUUUUUACAAAUGUUUUGAAUGAAGUGCGUUAUGUGAGCGAGUGGUGCUGUAGUAUAACUAGUCUUGUCAGACCCUAUUAGGCGAUUUACUGGGAGACAAUAUGAAUUUGCAUGGCUGGUUUUAACAUGCAUGACCCAUGAGAGUGUUGGCUAGAACACCUACUCUAAACAUGCACGCUCGCAGACACGCACCUUGUUUCUCCGGACUGGGUAAGAAAGCUAUUGAAGGAUUCUCUCAGGUACAAAAUAACAUUUUCUAAAUAAAUGAUGAUAGACCUUAGAUGAACCACAAUUGUUAGCUCAUAUUUGUUGCCCUAUGGAUGGAGAAUGUUAUGCUAUGUACUGUUUGCACUGUGCUCCCUCUCGUUGGUUUCCCCAGUUCUUUCCCCCUUUACCCUUCCUCAUACAAAGAAACUGCACCGUAUCCUCAUAGCUUUGUUCAAAUGAGAGGGGACUUCUGCCCGCGUGUGUCGGUUUGUGCGUAUAUCCGUCUUUCUGUAUUCAUAAUGUCUGUCUGCUUCGGUGUGUGUGUAUGUGUGUCGGUGGGUGAAUGUACGUGCGUGUGUUUGGUGAUAAACACUCUGACUCACGCAGGACUUUUCUGUAUUUGGGCCAGUUCCUUGCCCGCAGACAAAAAUAAUUAUACCCUAUGGUCCAGAAGGAAUCACGUCUCACCUUUGCUUACUACAUACAGACACGCAUACAGUGUACAAAACAGAUUGUAACAAUCACAGAUCCAUCCAAUAUGGCAGCAAUUCACCAUCUGAGGAAAAGCUUUGCACCUCUGUCCACAGACGUGUUCUAUUUAGGUGUGCUUAAUGCCAAUACUUAGUGAUACAUUGGAAGCUUGGUAUGGCUCAAAUUUGUUUGUGGUGUAUGUGUGUGUGUCCGUCUUCGUCGGUUUGUAUGUGUGUGUUGAACAUGCACUGCUUUGUUCUCCCCAACUCCCUAAGCAUCUUUUGAGGCCGCAGUACGAGACAGAUUUCUGAAAAACAGCCUUGUCAUAAACUCACAUUUUUAUUUCCCUUGAAGAAUGUAGCCAAUAACGUGUUCAAUAGGUCAAAUAGGGGUGCUUACAUUUGUCCUGUUUCGGGUCCAUGUACAAGUGGGUAACCUGGAUGAGUGUGGAAAUGUUUUUUUUUUGUUGCAUUUCCCAACUCCCCCUGAGGCACCCUCAAAGAGUGGGGUCGCAGUCAGGGAUCAGCCAUUAUUGACGGUGACCCUGGAGCAAUUAGGGUUAAGUGCCUUCCUCAAGGGCAGAUCGACAGAUUUUUCACCUUUUCGGCUCAGGGAUUCUGAACUAGAAACCUUUCGGUUACUGUUCCAUUACCCUGAACCGUUCGGGGGUGGGUGAGGGGGGGGUUGUAACUCACAAGUGCAGAAUGUGAGCUGGUAGGAAUGCUUUAAAAAAGGGGCUCAGCUGGAAUGACUUUUAUGCUUGCAAAUGGAAACCAGACUGUUGAUAGUGUUACCUCUGUCCUGAGUUCUCUUGUUUUUGGCAUUGCAGGUUUUGAAACGGCUGCCUUAUUGAUUGUGUUUUGUAUUGCUCCCAUGUGAAACUGUACUGCAGGAAUUUUAUGUAGAGAUCGAUGAUUUGUGUGGACUUUCAUUGGUUUUCUUUGAAAAAAUGCAGACAAUAGAGUUGGGAUCUUGGGGGAAAGAUAGGCCUAUAUGUAUGUUUGCUUGGUUUUUCCAGCUUCGGUUUCCUAAGAAUAACAUUAUGAGGAUAUCGUCACAGAAGUAGAAAUGACAAGAGCAAACACCCCCAUGAAGGCAAUUCUGAUGCAACAGAAAAACUAUUUUUCGAGUUCAGAGAUCAGAGGGAUCUAAUGAAAUCACCAGAUUGCCAUGUUAAUCCUGCCAACGAUAACAGGAAAAAGGGAGUUAGUGUGUGUGUGUGUGCACGCCUGCGUCCAUGCGUGUGUGUAUGCAUGAUAUAGAGAAAGAAGUAGGUCACGCAGCUCUAUGCGACUACAUUUUGUAUUGUGCAGCGCUUGGAGUGUUCAAAGUCGUGACUGUUAGGUGUUGGUAUGCCCUCCUCUAGAUGUGCUUGUGUACAAGUAGUAAGUUGAGUAAGAGUGAGCACAUGACUGUAAUCAUUAAAAAGCACUAUGACCCUUCUAUGGCACAUUGACCUGUACUGUGGCCUGCUCACUGUCUCAGGCAUGGACAGCGGUGCAUGUUAGAACGUGGGAAGAUCUUUGAAUGGGAUGGGAGUGGGAGUGAAGCGAUUGCUCUGGCGAUUCGUCCGGUUGUGAUGUACUGAGUCUGUUACUUACUAGGCCACAUUUUUCAAAUAUUUUUCCAAUUAGUUAUUAGCACUAUUAGGUAGUGCCUUCAGGAGCUUUUAAAGGCAGGUGAUUAUAGUUGGUUGGUCGGCUUUAUGCUGCUUGGACUUCCUAUGUGUCUAUUGAAAUGUGUAAAUCGUGGAGAUAUUUUUGUAAAAGGUGCGGCGGAAAUGUUACGCCUAGACAGCAAGGAAUUAUUAAUGAAAAAAUUGAUUUCGAGAAUUAGCACGCCAUAUGUAUGAAUGCAUAUGCAAAGUUUGUCAGUUUGAAAACGGGUUUGAUCGGUUGGGACUGAUCAGGUUUGAAUGUGAGGCCUCAAAGGGUGCUUUCCUUAACCCCUCCUCUUCCCAUGCUGUCCAUCAAAUGUGUCUCCUGUCUUUUUCAUGGCACUGCUCUGACAUGUACCCUCCUAGCACAGAUCAAACUUCAGUCCCAUUGACCAAUACUCUACUAUAGCCUUUUUAUUGUAUGGACAGCCAGUGAUAUACUCUGUUAAGCUAGUUUAGAAAUCCAGCAAAAGGGAUCAAAUGUUCUCACAGAGAAGUUCCACACAGAAACAGAGGGGUCUAAUUGAGUCCAUAGUUCACAAAUACCCACUGCUCAAUCCAGUCUACAGUAGCUGGUCCUGACAGAAGGGUCCAUGUCAAACUGCCUCUCUUACUGUCUCCACUGUUCUCCAGUCCUGGAACAGGGACUACACUCUGGGCGAUGUUUUGUUGUACGGGUGUGUGUGAUCUUUUUGACGUCUAUCACCUGAACUUUUGCAAUCCACUGUUCUAUCCAGAGAAAGGCCACGUGUGCCAAUUUUAUUCAAAAACAACAUAACACCUGAUCCAAAGCUAUGGGUUUUAUCGUACCAAAUCUGACCAAUGGAAAGACGCAGAGGCGAGCCUCAAUAUGGCUGGGUUGGAUUUUAUUUUCUCUGGUUCGAGUCAUUUUUUUGUCACUCGAUGUUGUUUUUAUGGAUAUUUCUGUCCUUUUUCUAAUUAUUGUUUAACCAGUCCGUUAGCUAACUUCUCAUUAUAUUUGUGGUUAUUGUUACAUAAAACAGAAUUCAAAAACCUUCAGCCAGCAGUACAUGUAAAUCUAUCAAGGCUGUAGUCUUAAUCUGAGACUGCCGUAACUGGUGGUGGCCAGAGAGCACACAGUACCCUGCUGAAAAAAACGGCAUAGACUGGUGACCAGCCUUCUCUGUGUUGUUGCUGGUGACCAGCCUUAUCGGUGUUUUGGAAACUGGUCACCAGCGUACCAGCAUAUGCUGGUCACCCACAAAACCUGCGUAAAAUCACAUUAUGCAAGGUGACGUCUAAUUCCUAUUAUAAACUGGGUGGGUCGAGGCCUGAAUGCUGAUUGGCUGACAGCAGUGGUAUAUCAGACCGUAUACCACGGGUAUGACAAAACAUUUAUUUUUACUGUCCUAUUAGGUUGGUAACCAGUUUAUUAUAAUAAUAAUAAUAAUAAGGCACCUUGGGGGUUUGUGGUAUAUGGCCAAUAUACAAAGGCGAAGGGCUGUGUCCAGGCACUCCAUGAUGCGUCACGCAUAAGAACAGCCCUAAGCUGUGGUAUACUGGCCAUAUACCACACCCCCUUGUGCCUUAUUACUUAACUGGAAUCCAGUCUGAGUGGGGAUAGCCAACAAUUCACUAUUUUAUUCACCCACAAUCUGCUUUCAGAAUGACUGCCUGGGUUAAAAAGAUAAAUAAAAGAGACUACCUAAACCAUCUAAACUGGAACAACCAUUUCAGUAACGGGUGCAAUAAAUCCAACUAACAGAUUGGAUUAGUUUAGAAAACGUUAUUUAUCUUUGUGUAAUGAAUUGAUUAAUAAAU